AACCAAGUUAAAAGCAAGAACUGAAAAAGAAAGAAAGAAAGAAAGAAAGAAAGGGAGAAACAGAGUACCUAGGAAUAGGUGAGAAUUAACUCAAUGUAUGUAAAUAUGGGAGUCGACUCUCAGAGAACCGAUUCGUUCUUGAAUGACUCGUGGGUUCGGAUCAGCCACACCACACACACAGACAGACCGCGUAUCUCGCGAAUGGUUUAACUGCUUCCUGCUUCUUAUUAAUUCCAGAUUAAAAGGUCCAUAAUGGCAGGAUGCAUCAAUCAAGGAAACGUGAAGUUUUCAAACAUCUUCCGUAAGGAGACCGGCAGGUACAGGGACCUGACCCAGGACCAGGACCAGGAUCAGGAUCAGAUCAUCGAUGGUCAUGAGAUCUCAGUGGAGCUGAAGUCCUCGUCCGAGGGAGGAGAGGAAAUGGACGGAUCUUUCGCUCAGAGACAGCGUAAACCAAACAGGAAGUGGAGCAAAGUGGCCAAGAUUGCGCUCAUCGUUAUCUUCUUCUUUAUUGCUGGUUACCUUAUUGGUUAUGUGACGCCCCGCAAGCCUGACGUCACCGUGAACACCACGGUCUCCAUGGAGACUUUAAUCUCUGCUACUGAAGACGCUGACGAAGAGCCAAAGUCUGAACUGAAGGACAGCGAGCCCUCUCAGAGCUUUGCGGACUGGGGCAGUGUCACGGUCACGCUGAGAGAGAAACUCACAACUGCAAACUUCCACAAAUCCUUACAGGAGUUUUCCUCUCCGAACCAUCAGGCCGGCAGUGAGGGAGAUCACGACCUGGCGGAGAAGGUGUUGGCGAAGUUCAGGAAUCUGGGCAUGGACACGUGGAUGGAUGUGCACUACGUGAAGCUGCAGGUGCCAUCCAGGGAGAACAAAGUGUCGAUGGAGGCUGAGGAGAUAGGAAGACCAAAAGGGUAUUUAGCGUACAGCGCACCGGGAACCAAACAGGGAAAGGUGGUGUACGCUAACUACGGCCGAAGAGAAGAUCUGGAGAACCUUCAGAACCAGAGACUGAACCUGACGGAGAACAUCGCUCUGGUGAGAGCUGGAAAGAUCAGCCUGGCUGAGAAGGUCGCAAACGCCGCACGCUUCGGUCUAGCUGCGGUUCUGAUCUAUCGGGAGCCGAACAAUGAGGGCGAACUCAAUGCUGAGUUCUUCGGCCAGGUUCACCUCGGAACUGGAGAUCCUUACACUCCGGGGUUUCCUUCCUUCAACCACACCCAGUUCCCUCCUUCUAAAUCCUCCGGUCUCCCCGAGAUUCUGGCUCAGACCGUCACCGCGGAAACGGCUCGCAAAAUCCAUCUGAAGAUGGGAGGAAAGGACGCGCCCAAAGAGUUCGCAGGAACACUGCCGGGCGUCUCUAAAUACACGCUGGGGGGAGAGACGGACGUCACCGUGACAAUUAAUAACGUCCUCGCCGACACCAAGAUUUUCAACAUUUUUGGAGUCAUUAAAGGCUUCAUGGAUCCAGAUCGCUACGUGGUGCUCGGCGCUCAGAGAGACGCGUUCAGCCACGGGUUCGCCAAGUCCACCGUCGGCACGGCGCUGCUGGUGGAGCUCGCCACCGCCGUCAGGGACAUGAUGAAAGAUGGAUUUAAGCCGAGGAGGAGCAUCGUGUUCGCCAGCUGGAGUGCUGGAGAUUUCGGCAGCGUCGGUUCUACAGAAUGGCUUGAGGGUUAUAUCUCCUCUCUCAACCUCCGAGCCUUCACCUACAUCAGCCUGGACUCCACCGUGUCUGGUAUAAAGCAGUUCAAAGCCUCCUCCAGUCCGCUGUUACACAAACUCCUGAAGAACACAAUGGAUGAGGUGAAGAGUCCUCUGCAUGUGAGUAGAUCCAUCUCUGAGGAUUUCGCUGGCUCUAAAUGGGAGCAGUCAGUUCUGGAGCCCAUGAGGAUGGAGGACGGAGCGUAUCCUUUCCUGGCCUUCUCUGGAAUUCCCUCCGUCUCCUUCCGCUUCGUCUCAGACAGCGACUUUUCUGGAACAGAUCUGGACACCAGAGAAAAUCUUGACGCGGCCACCGAGCAGAAGCUUCUGGAAGUCUGCGUGUCUGCAGCUCAGUUUGCGGGACAGAUGGUGCUCCGGCUCGUCCACGAUCACAUCCUCAAUCUGGACGUAGAAGAGUACACGCGCAUCAUCAGGAAGAACGUGCGUGGGAUCGGAAAGCAGAUCAAACAAGUUGCAGCAAUUAAUUCUAACGCAUCCUUUGCACUUAAAGAUUUGUGGCUGUCCUCCGUGAUUGGAUCAUAUUCUCGCGCCGCAUUGGCUCUGCACAACGAGAUUAAGAACAGUGACCUGGACGUCGCAGAGACCUGCCGCAACAUCAACGACCGCAUCAUGAGGGUGGAGCACAACCUUCUGUCUCCGUACGUCUCCCCAAGAGACGUCCCGUUCCGUCACAUCAUCUUCGGCUUGGGUGAUUACAGCAUCGGCGCUCUGCUCGAGCACCUCGGAUCCCUGACGCAGCAGGCCAUGGGUUCUGACACCGAUCUGUUCCGGAACCAGCUUGCGCUGAUUACCUGGACCAUCCAGAGCUGCGCUAACGACCUAGCGGGAGACGUCUGGGCUCUGGACAACCUCUUCUGAUCAUCAGCGUCUCUGCCUCGAGGCGCGGUCUGAUCCAGCAGCACAUUUAAAACGAAACGAUGAAACGUUACAGUAACGGUCGACUUUUAAGUGAAAUAUAAUUUAAACAAAUCACACCUACGGUAUUAUUACAGGUUUGGCUAAUAAUCUAAUGCUAACGUUAUAAAGAUGAUUGAUAGAUAAUUAACCCGACAUUUACACUGAGGUUUAGUCGAUAAUCAUUUAUUGCUGGACGAUAUGAUACCAAAGCGAUAUUGCGAUAUAUACCUCAAACGCCGUAGUUUAUCAUCAGCUGCUUGAGAACACACUGAAACAAAUCCAUGAUUAACCUGAUUGUUGUUUGAUCCAUUUGGUUUCCCAAUUUAUAAUUUUUUUUAUCGUGAAUGAUUCCAAGUAUUGCAAUGUGAUAUUUGUUGCCAUAUCGUCCAGCCUUAACGUCAUGUAUUUAUUUCCGUUAUUACGAAAUCCUGCUGAAUGUCUUUACUUGAUUUAAUUUCGGUCAUUGUAGGUCAAAUAAUCUAAUAAUUGGCAGGAAUUUUACAUUUGUAGUAGUAAUAAUAGUAUUAAUAUUAUGAGAUAUAUAUAUAUAUAUAUA